CCGCCUGCAUUGUGGAGGCCGCCCGCUUCCCUGCCAGAGACGUUGCAGUCCACGUAUUAGACGGCCGCAAUGGCAGCCGGCCCACGUAAGGAGGAGACACCCGACCGUCGGCGUAAGCCCUGCUAACGCGUCCCGGUGGAAAAGGCUCGGGGUGCGGGGGGGGGAAAUAUAACUUUUUUUCUUGGAUUAAUUCUCCGCGAGAAUGCGGCGGACCGUAACUUAAUGCACGGGAAGCAAGCCAAGCGAGGAAGUUUGGCGCGGCGUGGUAAUAUCGCUUCAAGGUGGCGACAGACAAAGUUCCAGGUAGGCUGAGUUCUACUCUCUCAUGGGUGAAGAAGUCGGUGUCGCACACGGUCAGUCAGAUGGCUAGCGAGGCGGGCCCGCCCACGUCCCUGCCGACCGCCGCUUCCUCGCCGUCGUUGUCUUCGCCGUCGUCGCCGCCUCAGCUCAGCCCCGAUGACGUGGAGCUGCUCGCCAAGCUGGAGGAGCAAAACAGGCUCCUGGAGACCGACAGCAAAUCCCUGCGCUCCAUGAACGGCUCGCGGCGGAACAGCGGCUCCUCGCUGGUGUCGAGCUCCUCGGCCUCGUCCAAUCUGUCUCAUUUGGAGGAGGACUCGUGGAUCCUGUGGGGGCGCAUCGUCAACGAGUGGGAGGAUGUGCGGAAGAAGAAGGAGAAGCAGCUCAAGGACCUGGUCCGCAAAGGGAUUCCGCACCACUUCCGGGCCAUCGUCUGGCAGUUGCUGUGCAACGCCCAGAACAUGGCCAUCAAGGACCAGUACUCGGACCUCCUGAAGAUGACGUCGCCCUGCGAGAAGCUGAUUCGCCGCGACAUCGCCCGCACUUACCCCGAGCACGACUUCUUCAAGGAGAAGGACAGCCUGGGCCAGGAGGUCCUCUUCAACGUCAUGAAGGCCUACUCCCUGGUGGACCGCGAGGUGGGCUACUGUCAAGGCAGCGCCUUCAUCGUCGGCCUGCUGCUCAUGCAGAUGCCGGAGGAGGAGGCCUUCUGUGUCUUUGUCAAGCUGAUGCAGGACUACAGGCUCCGGGAGCUCUUCAAGCCGAGCAUGGCGGAGCUGGGCCUCUGCAUGUACCAGUUUGAGAGCAUGAUCCAGGAGCAUCUGCCCGAGCUCCACGUGCACUUCCAGGCUCAGAGCUUCCACACCUCCAUGUACGCCUCCUCCUGGUUCCUCACCAUCUUCCUCACCUCCUUCCCGCUGCCCGUUGCCACCCGGAUCUUCGACAUCUUCAUGUGCGAGGGUCUGGAGAUCGUGUUCCGAGUGGGCCUGGCCAUCCUGCAGAUGAACCAGGCGGAACUCAUCCAGCUGGACAUGGAGGGAAUGUUACAGCACUUUCAGAAGGUCAUCCCGCGCCAGCUGGACAGCGGACCGGACAAGGUCAUCCAGGCAGCCUGUCAGUUCAAGUACAACGCCAAGAAGAUGAAAAAGUUGGAGAAGGAGUACACCACCAUCAAGACCAAAGAGAUGGAGGAGCAGGUGGAGAUCAAAAGGCUACGCACGGAGAACCGCCUGCUGAAGCAGAGGAUCGACACGCUGGAAAAGGAAAGUGCUUCCUUGGCAGAUAGAUUGAUCCAGGGACAAGUGACUCGGGCUCAGGAGGCGGAAGAGAACUACCUGGUCAAGCGGGAGUUGGCCACGGUCAAACAGCAGAGCGAGGAGGCCGCCGCUCAGCUGGAGCAGGCCAAGAAUACCAUCAGGCAGCUUCAGCAGCAGCCGCAAGCGAAGGGGGCGCUGCGCUGCUCGGAGGAGGCCGUGCUGCAGCUGGAGCGGGAGCUGGUGCAGGCCCGGCUCAAGGAGGCCGAGUCCCAGUGCGCCCUCAAAGAGAUGCAGGACAAGAUCCUGGACAUGGAGAAGCGCAACACGUCUCUGCCGGACGACACAAACGUGGCGCGGCUGCAGGAGGAGCUGAUGGCCGUGACGGUGAGGGAGGCCGAGGCGCUCGCCGGCCUCAAGGAGAUGCGGCAGCAAGUUCGAGACCUGGAUGACCACUGGCAGCGCCACCUAGCCCGAACGUCCGGCCGCUGGCGGGAGUCUCCCAAGAAGAACACGCUGAGCGAGCUGCAGGUCGAGCUGAUGAGCGUGCGGCUGCGGGAGGCCGAGGCGCAGGCCGAGAUGCGCGAGAGCCGACAGAGGAUGCUGGAGCUGGAGACGCAGAAUCAGAUUCACGGCAAUCAGCUCCGGCGUGCGGAGCAGGAAGCCCGAAGCCUUCAGGACCGCGUUCAGACGUUGACGUCUCAGAACAAAGACCUCCACUCGCAGCUGCAGGACGUCAAACGACGACAGGCGGAGAUGGAAUGCAAGAGCAAAGAAGAAGUGAUGGCCGUGAGGCUGCGGGAGGCGGACAACAUGGCCGCCAUGGCCGAGCUGCAGCAGCAAAUUUCCGAGCUCGAGAUUCAGAAAGAAGAAGGGAAAGUGCAGGGCCAACUGAACCACAGCGACUCCAACCAGUACAUCAGAGACCUCAAAGAUCACAUUCAAGAACUCAAACACGAGAUUUGCUGCUUAAAAGGACAGCGCUCGGUUUCCUCCAAGCCGGCCGCCUUCGACGGCAUCCACAUCAUCAACCACUACGCGCGCCGCCCCCGCCACUACGAGGACCCUCACGACGACGGCUCGUGCCUCUCUUCGGACGAUGACGGCGGCGCCAAGGACGGCGACGGCGGCGGCGGCAGCGCCCGCGUCGUCCUGCAUCCCAAACUGGGCGGCACGGACAGCGAGGACGACGACGAGGAAGACGAGGACGGCGAAGCUUUGAGGCUCUCGGCGCCAGCCUCCGCCUCCGCCGUCGGAAAUCGCCGGUCCACCGCCGUGUGACGCGUGGAACUUUCCGGAUGGCUCAAGUGCGCCACGGAGACUGCAGCGGGUCCCGGCGCUCGGUACGCAGAAAGAAACGCCGUUCGAUGUUCUACGGUGCGCCAUUCAAUGGGAUUUUUUUUUUUUACCAAGAUUAUUUUAUAAACUGACAAGUCUACCACGUGUGUGCGUUCGUGCAUCCGUUUUGUCACCUUUUUUUUUUUUUUAACGCUGGGGGGGGGGGGCAUUUUUGCUUGCUUCCUCCCCUGAAUGAAUAACACAUUUCAGUCCUUUGAAAUUAACUCUGUGGCGACCCGUUGCGAGAAGAAGUCCACUGAAAUGGACCUCGGGGCCGCCGUACCUCGCAGAGACUGUACUGUACUUUGUUUUUGUUUCUUGUCGUUGUGUGUCGAUUUUUGAACACUUUGUCGUCUUCCCCAAGUUGUUGUUGUUGUUGUUGUUGCGUUCACUCCAGUCGUACAAGUUUGGACUUGGAACCGAACCGUCACUAUGACCUGGACCGGUGGCCGUACCUCCGCUCGGACUUGCGCCUGGAUCCUGAAUUUCCAACGUGGCCGUGACGACAGUGUCAGUGUUGAACUUU